CGACAGUAUGCCUCGUAUUAGAUUGAAGGUUCCUUCCUCUUUGAACGACAAAGAGCCGCCGAGUACUGUAUGGGAGGCAGCCAAAGUAGCGUACGAUUGUGUGUCCAAUCUGGAACAGCCUAAACAUAGACCCAUCGUUCGUUUACUAAAUGAAGUCCCUUACCGCCAACCUUUAGAAAACCAACGUCCUCCCGGCCAUAAAAAGCCCUUCUCAGUACUAAAGAGACGUAGAAAUCAAAACCUAUUGGCGUUGUGUGUUCAGUUAUGUGGCUCCCCACGUACAAAUACGCAGCGAUGUACGAGGUAUAUCAACGGUCGAGGCAUGUGGCAAGAAUGUGUAGUAGCCCCUCAGCUACCGGGCCGCCAAACGGAUAUUCUUAACUCGGCUUGUGCUAGCUGCUAUUAUAAUGGCUGCAGUAAGAACUGUUCAUUCGUCACCCGUGUAACAGCUCCGGAACCUUCACUACCUUUAGCAGCGCAGACAGUACAAACAACCGCUCUUAUGCCAACGCUCGCUGUAUCUCACGACCCAAAAUUGACAAAUUAUAUAGAAGAGUAGAUAUAUGUCAAAUACGACGCGAAUGGCCAUUCGAAUGGACAUAUUAGAAAGGUUAGCUGCUUUACAGGCCAUAGACAACGAGAGACAGGACCUUACAGACUUAGCAUCGAAUGCUUUACAGUUUUUACAAGACGACGCAAUGCAGGAUAUAACACAUUCAACUACAGACUUGAGAGAAGAGGGCCACGAAGAGCUUGACAUAGAAUGGAUAGGUAUUCUUCAGUAAGGUAUCCUGAUGUGCAAUUAGCUACUAAAGGUUUAUUCAUAGUUCCAUAAAAGAAAAUUUAGCCUGCACUAGUAUUGCCAAAACACUCGAC